CCCUUCCUGCCCCGGGAGCCGCGGGAGAGGCUAUGGGCCCGCAGCGGGACUAGCGGGCACCCGGCCGGCCGCCAUGGCCCUCAGCGGAGCUCCGGGCUGCCGCGCCGGAGAGCGGGGACCCCGCUGGAGGAGGCCCUGGAAGCUCCUGGCCCUUGGCCUGCUCUCCGCCUCCUCCGUGCUGGCGGCCGCCCCAGGCGCCGGAGCCAUGAGCAGAGAGGAGAAGCGCCGGCUGGGAAAUCAAGUGCUUGAAAUGUUUGAUCAUGCAUAUAGCAAUUAUAUGGAGCAUGCGUAUCCAGCUGAUGAACUCAUGCCUUUAACUUGUCGUGGACGAGUGCGGGGUCAGGAGCCAAGUCGAGGGGAUGUGGAUGAUGCCUUGGGAAAGUUUUCACUGACCUUAAUUGAUACCUUGGACACUCUUGUGGUGUUAAAUAAAACCAAAGAGUUUGAAGAGGCUGUAAAAAAAGUAAUAAAGGAUGUUAAUUUAGACAAUGACAUAGUUGUGUCUGUCUUUGAAACCAACAUAAGAGUCCUUGGAGGUCUCCUAGGCGGGCACUCAGUGGCAAUUAUGCUGAAAGAAAAAGGUGAAUAUAUGCAGUGGUACAAUGGUGAACUCCUGCACAUGGCAAAGGAACUGGGCUACAAGCUUUUACCUGCUUUUAACACCACUAGUGGUCUCCCUUUUCCAAGAGUUAACUUAAAAUUUGGUGUAAGACAUCCAGAAGCACGAACAGGAACAGAAACUGAUACCUGUACAGCUUGUGCUGGUACCUUGAUCCUUGAGUUUGCAGCUUUAAGUAGAUUCACAGGAACAUCUAUAUUUGAGGAAUAUGCCCGGAAAGCGCUGGAUUUUAUCUGGGAGAAGAGGCAGCGGAGCAGCAACUUAGUGGGGGUCACCAUUAACAUCCACACUGGAGACUGGGUCCGCAAAGAUAGUGGAGUCGGAGCAGGAAUAGAUUCAUACUAUGAAUAUUUAUUAAAAGCCUAUGUCUUGCUGGGAGAUGACAGUUUCCUGGAAAGAUUUAACACGCACUAUGAUGCCAUAAUGAGAUACAUCAGCCAGCCACCUCUUCUCCUUGAUGUUCACAUUCAUAAACCAAUGCUAAAUGCUCGGACCUGGAUGGAUUCUCUGCUUGCUUUCUUCCCUGGAUUGCAGGUGUUGAAGGGUGAUAUUAGACCUGCUAUUGAAACACAUGAGAUGCUGUAUCAGGUUAUAAAAAAGCAUAAUUUUCUUCCAGAGGCAUUCACAACAGACUUCAGAGUUCACUGGGCUCAGCAUCCUCUGAGGCCUGAAUUUGCUGAAAGCACCUACUUCUUGUAUAAAGCUACAGGAGAUCCUUACUACCUAGAAGUAGGAAAAACCCUCAUUGAAAACUUGAACAAGUAUGCCAGAGUUCCCUGUGGUUUUGCUGCGAUGAAGGAUGUUCGUACAGGAAGUCAUGAAGACAGGAUGGACUCAUUCUUCUUGGCUGAAAUGUUUAAAUAUCUGUACUUGCUGUUUGCUGAUAAGGAGGACAUGAUUUUUGACAUUGAAGAUUAUAUCUUCACUACAGAAGCUCAUCUAUUGCCACUCUGGCUCUCCACUACAAACCAAACCAUCUCUAAAAAAAAUACAAGCACAGAGUACACAGAGCUGGACGACAGCAACUUUGACUGGACCUGUCCGAACACCCAGAUCCUCUUCCCAAAUGACCCCUUGUUUGCCCAAAGCAUCCGUGAGCCUCUGAAGAAUGUGGUGGAUAAGAGCUGUCCCCGGGGCAUUUCCAGAGCAGAAGAGAGUUUGGGAAGUGGACCAAAACCACCGUUGAGAGCCAGAGAUUUCAUGGCCAGUAAUCCUGAGCACUUGGAGAUCCUGAAGAAGAUGGGAGUCAGUUUGAUCCAUCUGAAAGAUGGACGAGUACAAUUAGUGCAGCACGCAGUGCAAGCAGCAAGUUCCCUGGAUGCUGAGGAUGGCUUACGGUUCAUGCAGGAAAUGAUUGAACUCUCCAGCCAGCAGCAGAAAGAGCAGCAGCUUCCUCCUCGUGCUGUCCAGAUUGUUUCCCACCCCUUCUUUGGCAGGGUGGUCUUGACUGCUGGGCCAGCACAGUUUGGGAUGGACUUGUCCAAACACAAAGCAGGGACAAGAGGAUUUGUUGCAACCAUUAAGCCAUAUAAUGGAUGCUCAGAGAUCAUUAAUCCUGAGGCAGUGAAAGAGAAAAUUGCUUUGAUGCAGAGAGGCCAGUGUAUGUUUGCUGAAAAGGCACGAAACAUUCAGAAAGCUGGAGCAAUAGGAGGCAUUGUCAUUGAUGACAAUGAGGGCAGCAGCAGUGACACAGCCCCUCUCUUCCAAAUGGCUGGGGAUGGCAAGAACACAGAUGACAUCACCAUUCCCAUGCUCUUCCUCUUCAACAAGGAAGGGAACAUCAUCCUGGAUGCCAUCCGGGAGUAUGAGGCUGUGGAGGUGCUCCUUUCUGAUAAAGCAAAAGACAGAGAUUUGGAAAUGGAGAAUAUGGACCAGAAAUCAUCUGAAAAUGAUUCACACAAACCAAUAUACAAGGAAGCUCCUUCAGAAUCUCAGGAUGCUGGAAAAGUCAGUGAGGAGCCCAAAGGAGGAGGAGAGAGCUCUGCUGUUGGUGACGCUGAUCCUUUGUCUCCUUCCAGUGCAGACAGUGCCAGUGUUUCAGUGGCAGAUCAGGAUCCCCACACCCCUGGACCUGCAGGGGCUGGUGCUCCGGAGACAGCAUGUACACCAGGGGACAGCCAGCCUCAGGAACAAAACACCCAGACAGAGGCCAAUUCCAAAGCUCACUGGGAUAGUGAAGUCCAGCCUAUGGAAUCCAUAUUAGCAGACUGGAAUGAAGAUAUAGAAGCAUUUGAAAUGAUGGAAAAGGAUGAGCUAUGACUUGUAAUAGUAACUUAUUUGUUAAUAAACAAGUGGAGACCUCUUUGGGUAGAAGUGAGGCCUGAUAUCCAAGAAAACAUAUUCAGUAUUGGGAUGAGCAAGCAGGUGUCACCUGGAAAACAACAUAGAAUUCCACCACAGGCUCUUUUUAUGUUUUAAUUUUUCCUGCUUAAAAAUGGGAACGUGCAAUCAAAGCAAUUGUGUGGCCCUGUGGCUGGUGUUGUGCCCCAGGUAGUGACAAGCCUGACUUGUGCCUUCCAGGCUCCGAGAGGACUCUUAGGGCUCUGGGAAGCAGGAGUUGAGCAGGGUGGGGUGACAGACCAUGGAAUGGUUCUUGAUGGGGCACCCACCCCUCCCCAGCUGAAAGCCUUCCUUACAGCAGCAGGGGAAUUGUUUCCAGGUGUUUGCACAGUUGGAAGCAGUCUGGUUUUGUCUGACUUAUCACAGUGCUGCUCCUCACUCCUUACACCCCUUACCACAGGAAGCCACAUGGGGACCUGGGAGUUCCCCUCCUGCUCUGCUUUUCUAGCUGGAGGAAUUGUACAAACCAAAGGCAGAGUGUGAGCAGAUCAUGUCAGGGAGGCUGGGCCAGCUGUGGGGCCACCAGGAAAAGGUGUGGGAAGGUCCUGCUGGAGGCGGAGGGGAAGCAGACAAGGCAGGUGAUGAGUCCCACGUGUUUCCCUUGACCUCCCAGGUUGAAAAACUCCAGUCUGCCCUGAAACCUGAAAGUCUCUGAAAGGACACGGCAACAUCAGGUGUAACAAAACUUCUUUUCUGCAAGUUUGACUUCCAACAGUUUGAUUCCAUUGUACUCCAUAUACAACUCGUGUAUGUGGUGUUUCAGGCAUGGAGGUCAGGGACAGUGGGGAAGGGCAACAAUUCUGGCUGUUGGGUCAAUAGUUCAGAGUCCAGGGGGUGUUAUCCCAGGCUCCGGAGUUUGUUACAGGUAAGUGGGAGUCCGAAUUUGCUAUCCCCAUUAUAUUUAAGUAAAAAUGAGGAAGUUUAAACAACAUAGAGGCAUUUUGACUGUGUCCAAAGAAACUGCCAAAAACUAACUUGAUUUAUAUAAAUUGCUUUUAGUGAACUGUGGUUCAAAAAAUGGUUUUAUAUUGAAGACUAAAUGAACACUGCCUAUAUGCUGCACCAGGCUAAAAAUACAGGUUUAUGUUCAUCGUUGGAAUGGAGUAAAUAAACAGGAAGCCCCACUCUGGACUGCACCUUUGAUUUAACUGGUGAAAUUACAUGUGCUGAAUAUGCAACUGUUAAUUAGCACAGCCAUACUC